GUGUACAUCCUGGCCCCAGACGAGGGCGGCCGCCACAAGCCCUUUGUGGCUCAUUUCACUCCCGUCGUGUUCUCUCAGACCUGGGACAUCGCGGCCAGAGUCCUGCUGCCCCACGGCAAGGAGCUGGUGAUGCCAGGGGAGGACACGUCCCUGGUGCUGCUGCUGCGCCAGCCCAUGGUGCUGGAGCCCGGCCAACGCUUCACCCUCCGGGACGGGGCUCGAACCAUCGGCACCGGCGUCGUCACCAAGACGCUGCCCCCUGGAGCCAGACGAUGCCAAGGCCUGGGCAUGAGCCCCACGGGCUGCCCCAUAGCGCUGCCCCAUAGAUCUGACCCACAAGUGACCCACAAGUGACCCACAAGUGACUGGAACUGACCCACAACUGAGGCCAAUAAAGAGCCACAGAGACCCCCAGGAGCUGCCUGAGGGGAUGGGAGGGGAGGUGGGGGAGGGGAUGAGACCCAUAAGUGACCCACAAGUGACCCACAAGUGACCCAGAGGCUGCCCCAUAGAUCUGACCCACAAGUGACCCACAAGUGACUGGAACUGAGGCCAAUAAAGAGCCCCAGAGACA